AUGGCCGCACUCGAGUUCGGCCUGCCGAGUUUGCUCCUCCCCGCUCCAGCCCCAGAUGCCCCGCAAGAUCCCACCGCGUCCGACGUCGACGCGUUCAUGCCCACCGGUCUGCUUUUCCAAGACUCUACAGCGACAAGCCGAGAGCAGGCCAAAUGCCUGCUGCUGAAGCCAAUUCACAAGAUGCUGGACGACAUCUCGGCUACUACGGCUGCCCAAUUAGCUCGCGAGUGCGUGUCCUUCCCGCGGAUCCAUUUGCAUACUCACCCUUUAUGCAGAGAGCAAGAACAGCUGCACAGGUUGAAACUUUCAACAACCACGAAUACUGCGUUAUGGGUAGACCAAUACCGGCCCAAACGCUUUACUGAGCUUGUUGGAGACGAACGCGUACACCGAGAAGUCCUGUCAUGGGUGAAGGAGUGGGAUCACUGCGUGUUUGGCAAGAAUAAGAACCGCAGCCGGAAACGCGCCAGAGGAGACGACGACGAGAACCUGGACCAGUUGCGGCGGCCUCGAGAGAAAGUGAGCACACGUUUCGUGCGACUGCUACUGUUAUCCGGACCCCCUGUCGCUCAGCAUGCGGGUUACACAGUCUUCGAGCUCAACGCUAGCGACAGCCGUUCCGGGAACAUUAUUGAAACACACAUCCGACCUGCCGUGGAGAUUGGCACGAAGAUAGGCAGCUCGAAGCCUAAUCUCGUCGUUAUUGACGAGAUUGAUGGUGCGACAGGGAGCGCGGAAGCUGUGAGUGCGAUAUUUUCACAUGGGUCGCGAAGUGGCUUACGCUCUGGCAGGGGAAGGGAGGCGGGAGGAACACCGCAGCACUCGGCACCGCUACGGAGACCAAUCAUCUGCAUCUGUAACGACCUCUACGCCUCGUCACUGGCACAACUGCGCCAACAUGCACGAAUAGUACGCUUCUCACGACCGCACGAUACCCACGUCAUUGAGAAGAUGAAGGCGGACUCUCGUGCGCUUGCGACUCUCGUCGGCGUCGCCCAAGGGGACUUCCGGGGAUGUCUUAACACCCUGCAGAUGCUCAAGGCGCGGAAUGACGAAGUGACGGAGAGUGUGGUACGGGACGCUACAAGAGGAAUGAAGCAGACCGAAAGGUCCCAGGUCGACAUUCUCAACGAUCUCUUCACGCCGCUGUCGCGAAAACGAGCGAAAGAGCUGGGGAUUUCCGAAGAGGAGACACGAUAUGUGGAGCGGCUGAGCCGAGAAGUGGAGGGCGUCGAAACAGACAAGCUCACGUAUCUCAAUGGGAUACGUUGGCUCUGCACUUGGGACUCGAUGAUGGGCUCCAUUCGCAUGGACCGCGAGUACGCGCUCCUCCCAUACCUGCCCUACACCCUCGUCGCCUUCUACCCCCUUUUCCAGGAGCGUGGCGGUCCCAAAGUUGAACGCCCCAAGGCGGAUUGGGAGUACUGCUACACCCAAACGAAGACGAACGAGGAGAUCUACCGCUCUCUGGCCGACUGCCUGCGCACUGCGGCCACGCACACGAGCGGCGCGUACCGCCACCUCGCGCCACCCCGCCAGGUGAUCAAGCCGGCGGAACGCGCGGUGCUCGCGCGCCUGGUGUCGCUCAUGUCCGCCGUCGGCCUGCGCUUCCUUCUCGAGCGCACGGAGGAGGGCGCGCUCGUGUACAGGCUCGAGCCCGCGAUCGACGUCUUCGUCACGUACGAGGGGCGGCGCGCGGCGGACAUCGCGCUCGUCGCGGCAGAGAUCGACGCGCAGGUCAUCGCGCGGAACGCGGAGGCGACGGAGAAGGGCGCGGGGAGCAAAUCGUCGGCGUUCUUUGGGAAGAGCAACGCAGACGCCCAGCCGGCCCCAAAGCGCCAGAAGAAGGACGACACACCGGUAGAGAAGGCCGCCGUCGACUUCUUCGGGCGGCCAAUCGUGCCCAAGGAUGCGCCGACAGAGGGCAGCCAGGCGAGGGGCGGCGCGAAGGUGACGCCCUACCGGGUCGCGUACAAGUUCUACGAGGGCAAUUCCGCGGCGGUGCGCAGGCCCGUGAAGGUAUCCGCGUUCCUGUGA